CUCAACUCACAGGCUUCAAAAGGUUACCAUUUCCCACUGCAAAGAAAAAGGUUUCUGGAGAUUUCCAGUAGAGGGAAGAGAAGAGAAGAGAGAUAUCUAAUUGAAAUGGCGGCCGUGAGAGGAGCUCUGCUAAAGCAUCUGAGGCUGAACGCUACUCACCUGCCUCUACUCCGUAACCCCAAAACUAUACCCAAUGGGCUCUUUAGUCUCACCUUCAACGCCGUCCGCCGUUUCUCCGACGAGGUCAUGGGCUCAUUCCUCGACAAGUCUGAGGUUACCGAUCGCGUAGUCUCCGUCGUCAAAAACUUCCAGAAAGUUGAUCCUCCCAAGGUUACUCCGAAUGCCCAUUUUCAAAAAGAUCUCGGGUUAGAUAGUUUGGACACCGUGGAAGUUGUGAUGGCCCUUGAAGAAGAAUUUGGGUUCGAGAUACCUGAUAAUGAGGCAGACAAGAUCAGCACGAUCAAUCAUGCUGUUGAGUUCAUUGCUUCUCACCCUCAGGCAAAGUAGAGGGGAAAUUAUGAAAUUCCGCCCUUUCUUUUUGUUUGUUUUCAUCACGUUAGACAUGAAAGUUGAAACUGCAUUUGCAAAAUUCUAUAUAUCUCAUCCCCCGGACAAGUGCAUGUGCUACAGGUGUUUUUUUAUAUUCACUUCUUUCAACGCUGCUGUUCCCAAUCAUAAAAUGUAACAUUUUGGCGACAAUUGCUAUUUCUUUUAUUUGCCUUAGACAGUAUUUCAUUCUGAAGUAAUAAAUUAAGAU